AUGUCCCCUAUGAAGAGCACGUGUCCAAAGCUUUCACAAGUGACCUCUGGGCAGAAACACAAGUUGAGGAGCUGCUUACUUCCAUCAGAGAGCUCGAGACCCAGAAAGCGCAAGAUUCCUCUGCUGCGUCCAAGGCGAGGGGAGCCUUUGCAGCUACCUGCAGGCCCCCAGCCAGGUUACCCAGUCACCGCACAAGACCUGGAUCAGGAGAAGAGAGCUGCACUCCAACACAUCAACCUCAUGUUGAGAGGUGAGACGGGGGCCUACUUGGGCUUCAGCACCCUACAGCCUUCGGAAGAUCACCCACUGCCAGCUGCAGAGGUUGGUCCUCCAAAGACUGCCACACCAGCCCCCAACGUGAACCAGGAACAGGCAGUGUGGAAGGGAAAGCAGGAUUCGCUAGACCUAAAGAACUUCCUGCAGUGUGCAGGACUGGCCACUUCAACUAAUCUCAUGUCAACCUCUCCUGAGCACCAGUAUGGGCCUACCAUCCAUCCAUGUCCUUCAGACACCCGCCUCCAAUGGCAGUAA